UUGUGUAAUUGUUUUGUUAAUAUGGUUUAUACCAUGUGUAGGCGUGUCUUUAUAAGGCCACAUAAUCCUGUACAGCAGUGCUCAAGCUGUAAAUGGACAGGAAGAAAAUCUUACCAUUAUUUAUUGAACUACAAAUAUUAAUCUUUCAUAUAUAAGAGGAUGUUAUCCACCAUCUGGCCUGUGCUUAUAUCAUGUCUCUUACUUAUUUUGUUAAAAGCACAUGGCAAAGAAGUUGGAUAUUGUUCCACUUUGACGGAGCACACAAAAGAUCUUUCCAAUAAUAAUCUAACAAGAAUACCAUCACAUUUAUCAAACAGCAUAGAGUACCUAGAUGUGUCCUACAACAAGAUCUUCAGCAUUGUUCACGGUGACCUGUCUGGUUUAACCCAUCUCUGUUUCCUCAAAGUGACACACUGUGGACUUCAAUAUAUCUCCCCCGAUGCCUUCAGCAGCAACUCUGAAAUGAAAAUACUGAACAUCUCCUACAACCAUCUGACAGUCAUUCCUAAUUUGCAUUGGCCCCAGCUAAGGAUCCUAGACUUAUCCGCCAAUCUAUAUCCCAGUUAUGCACUUCCAGCCUCGUUUGGUAACUUAAGUUACCUUUCCAUCCUUGCGAUCAGUAGUAAAAAUGCUACUUCUGUUAAUGUGAAGGACUUUGUUCCUCUUAAAAAUGGCUGUUUAAAAAAAAUAAUAUUUGGAGAUGGAACAGAAUUACAAAACUAUGAACAUGGCUCUUUUUCGCAACUCAGAUCAUUACAGGAAGUUGUUCUGAAAGUGACUUUUUGCCAGCGUUUCGACAUUUUCAGUAACAUGAUUAUGGAUUUUGACCAAACCCAAACGAAAAAGAUUCAGCUUGUAAAGUUAUUUCCAGACCAAUGUACCAUCAAGACUGAUCCUUUCAUGGCUUUUAAAGAUUUGCGUGUCCUCAGUAACUUAAGCAUCGUAGAUACCUGGCUAAACAGCUCUGUAAUGGGGAAACUGUUCAAAAAUGUUUGGAAAUCAUCUUUUGAGGAAACUGUGUUUUUAAACAUCACAUACAAUGAGGACACUCCUGAUGGCUUCCGGCUUCCAAAGCAGAAUCACACCACGAAUCUACGAUCCUUCAUACUUGAUGGUGUACACCACAAUCAGUACCACUACCCCACUUUUAACGUGAGUAUGGAACUAGUCAACAAACUAACCUACCUGAAGUUCUCCGGUACCGGAAUGAAUAUUCUUCCAUGCAAUCUAAUUUCAGUCAUAAAAUCUCUACAAGUCUUGGACCUGUCCAAUAACCUCUUGAAUGAAGGUGGCUUCUGGUGGAUUGGAUGUUCAUCACACAAAGUGUUUCCAGCCUUGAGGAAACUCUCGCUAAGCCAUAACCGUUUCAACGACCUCGCUGAGAUUGCCAAAAACGUCAAUGAUAUGAAGUUCUUAGAGUCACUCGACUUGAGUUUCAACUCUAUUUCCAUUGGCAAACCAUGUUUUUGGCCGCCCCACCUGACUGAGUUGAGUCUCAGUCACAACAAUCUAGGAAACAAUGUGUUUCACUAUCUAUCUCCAUACUUCCAAAAGAUAGACCUUUCGAAGACAGGCAUAAGUGUUAUUCCUCUAAAUAUCAUAUCAUCAUUUCCCAGACUAAUGUACCUCUAUCUGAGUUUUAACAGCAUACAGGUCAUCCCAGAGGAUCUUCGGGCUCCUAUGUUAGUAAGACUGCACAUUGACCAAAAUGCUAUUACUUUCAUUAGCCAGAAAUCAAUGGAAGGUUUCCCCAAGCUGAGGACUUUGAAAGCUGGCCGCAAUCCAUUUAGCUGUGAUUGCGAUUCCUUUUGGUUCAUGACGGUGUAUAAUAAAUCACUUCUCUCAGAUUGGCCCCAGGAUUACUCUUGCAGCACCCCGCCAUCAUUUUCCGGCCGACGUUUGGAGACAUAUGAGCACGGAUGGCUGUCCUGUCAACCAGGCUUGCAGGCUGCUGUGGUUUUGUCGGUGUUAUCUGUGGUGGGAGUUGCUCUAGCCAUCAUUGUUUAUGCUUGUGAUGGUAUAUGGUACACCAAAAUGCUUUGGGUUUGGAUCCGAGUUAAACGGAGAGGCUACAAGAGGGCUGAUCGGCUGCUAAAUGCCACCUUUCGCUACCAUGCCUUUAUUUCCUACAGCCAGCAUGACUCAACCUGGGUGGGAUCUCAGCUGGUACCUGAAUUAGAAAUGUCAGGCCUGUCUCUUUGCGUCCAUGAGAGAGAUUUUGAACCUGGAAAGUGGAUUGUGGACAAUAUAAUCCAUUGUGUAGAGGACAGCUACAAGAGCCUCUUCAUUCUGUCCAAACACUUUGUGCAAAGCGAGUGGUGCAACUAUGAACUGUUCUUCGCCCAGCACAGGGCGAUCAGUGUGAACGACGACUCUCUGGUCUUCGUUCUGUUGGAGCCUAUACCAACAGACUCUCUGCCCAAAAAGUUUCUAAAGUUAAGAACACUGCUGAGGCGGAAAACGUACCUGGAGUGGCCAGCAGAUGAACGCAAACAGAGAGUAUUCUGGUGCAAUCUUAAAGCUAUUCUGCAGACUGUAAACCAAAGCAAGAUUUUAAAGGAUGUGGCCACAGACAUUGCUGAAAUGUGUCCUCUGGUGUCUGUUAAAGAAUGAAAAUCUGUUUCACAUAAAGUUUCACAAUACUGUAAAUAAAAUUGUGAGUUUUUGGCUUGCAUGAA